CAUUAUUUCCGUUCUCACACACACACUCAUCCCACUCUUUCUUUCCACGCAACGCAUUCUUCAAACCCAAAACAAAACCUUCUUUACAUUAAUUCACCCAAAGCGUUACAAGGGUACCCCACAACAACUACCACCUUCGCCAUUCGCUAUUCAAAAUAUCUCCUUUCAUCUUCUUAUUAACGGAAACCACCACCCGUAACUGUUGCUUUGAAUGAGGGAAGUAGUAACGGUUGGGGGGGCAUUGCAUUGAUGUGUCACAACAAGUGAGGGACUUUUGUGAUUGUAGUAGAGAGAAGAAGAAGAAGAAGAGGCCAAGAUGGAAUUUUCUUCGUUCUUGACGUCUUUGGGAACUUCGUUUGUGAUAUUCUUGGUUUUGAUGAUUGUGUUUGCGUUGCUAUCGAGUAGGCCUGGGAACAAUGUGGUGUACUACCCCAACAGGAUCCUCAAGGGGUUGGAGCCCUUGGAGGGAGGCUACAAGACCCGCAACCCUUUCUCUUGGAUCAAGGAGGCCGUCUCUUCUUCAGAAAAAGAUGUUAUUGCCAUGUCAGGGGUCGACACUGCCGUUUACUUUGUUUUUCUCACCACUGUGUUGGGUAUCCUAGUUUUAUCUGGAGUUAUUCUGCUACCGGUUCUUCUGCCCCUUUCUAUUACUGACAAUGGUGGGAAGAAACAAACAACUAGUGAAGGAACUUUCAAUGAGCUUGACAAGUUAUCAAUGGCUAACAUCACGGCAAAGAGUUCAAGGUUGUGGGGAUUUCUCAUUGCCUGCUAUUGGGUUUCAGUUGUUACGUAUGUUCUCCUAUGGAGGGCUUACAAACAUGUGUCAUGGCUGCGAUCUGAAGCUUUUAAGUCUCCUGAUGCAAAGCCUGAACAGUUUGCUAUAGUUGUGAGAGACAUACCUCCUGUUCCUCAAGGUCAGACUAGGAAGGAACUAGUUGACACUUAUUUUAAAGCCAUCUAUCCUGAGACAUUUUACAGGUCUAUGAUUGUAACAGACAACAAAGAGGUGAACAAGAUUUGGGAGGAGUUAGAAGGGUAUAAGAAGAAGCUUGCCCGCACUGAAGCAAUAUAUGCAGGGUCUAAAACAACUGCCAAACCAGAAGGAACAAGACCUACAAACAAGACUGGAUUCCUUGGACUGAUUGGUAAAAAGGUGGAUAGCAUAGAGUAUUACAAUGAGAAGAUUAAUGAACUUGUUGCCAAAUUGGAAUCUGAGCAAAAGGUCACGCUCAGAGAGAAGCAGCAAGAUGCUGCUCUGGUAUUUUUUUCAAAUAGGGUGGUUGCAGCAUCUGCAGCUCAGAAUUUGCAUGCACAAAUGGUUGACACUUGGUCAGUCUGUGAUGCUCCUGAAUCCCGUCAACUAAUAUGGCCUAAUUUGAAAAUCAAGUUUUAUCAGAGAGAGUUAAGGCAGUAUUUGGUGUAUGUCAUUGUGGCACUGACUGUAUUCUUCUACAUGAUUCCAAUUACCUUUAUAUCUGCAGUGACUACUUUGGAUAAUUUGGUGAAACUUCUUCCAUUCAUAAAGCCAAUUGUUAAGAUAAAGGUUUUGAAGACAGUGUUGGAAGCAUACCUCCCUCAACUUGCGCUGAUUAUUUUCUUGGCUUUGUUGCCCAAGUUGCUUCUGUUUUUGUCUAAAUUUGAAGGCAUUCCAACUGAAAGUCAUGCAGUUAGGGCUGCAUCUGGAAAAUAUUUUUAUUUUACCGUGCUGAAUGUUUUCAUUGGAGUUACUAUAGGUGGAACCUUGUUCAAAGCAUUCAAGACAAUUGAGAAGAAUCCAAACGAAACUGUAUCCUUGCUAGCUGAAAGCCUCCCAGGCAAUGCUACUUUUUUCUUGACCUAUGUGGCCCUGAAAUUUUUCGUUGGCUAUGGCCUUGAACUGUCCCGACUAGUUCCUCUGAUCAUAUACCAUUUGAAGAGAAAGUAUCUUUGCAAAACUGAAGCCGAGUUGAAAGAUGCUUGGUCCCCUGGAGACCUUGGUUAUGGAACUAGAGUUCCUGGUGAUAUGCUGAUUGUCACAAUUGUCUUAUGUUACUCUGUCAUUGCUCCUGUGAUAAUCCCAUUUGGUGCUCUAUAUUUUGGCUUAGGAUGGCUUAUACUGCGAAAUCAGGCACUCAAAGUCUAUGUACCAUCUUAUGAAAGUUAUGGAAGAAUGUGGCCCCACAUACACAACCGUAUACUAGCAUCUUUGAUAUUGUACCAAAUUACCAUGUUCGGCUACUUUGGGGUGCAGAAAUUCUACUAUACACCACUUUUGAUUCCUCUUCCCAUAUUGUCAUUGGUCUUUGGUUUUGUCUGUGCAAAGAAGUUUUAUCCCGCUUUUCAACAUCAGGCACUUGAGGUUGUAGCUCAUGCGCUUAAGGAAGCUCCUAAUAUGGAAUUGAUUUUCAGAUCUUUCAUUCCACCAAGCUUGAGUUCUGAGAAGAUAGAUGAUGACCAGUUUGAAGAUGCAUUGUCUCAAGUUUCGAGGUCAACAUCAUUUGUUUAAUGUAAUUAUCCGAAUUUCAACUGCUUUUUACGUGUUAGAUGAUGUAGUCUUGUAGGGAUACUUUUAUUAGUUGUUCAUAAUACGUCUUAGGAACCAGGGGUGUUGAGUGUUGUGAAUGUGUUCAUGUAAGAAAAUGUUGUGUGGGUCUGGUAUAUUAUCAUGUAAUGUUAUGUUUGUUCCACUUGUAAUAAUAGUUGCCAUCAGUGUUCUCGUGUUCUCUGUAAUUCAAGAUUUUUUUUAUUGAUGCUAAGUGAGAAGUGAGAAUUGAUAAUGA